GAGGUGGGGGUGGGCAGAGCGGUUAGCAUGGCGGCGCCGUUCAGUGGCUCCCAGUCAAUGAGACACAGUUGAUGCUCCGCACGCCCGCCGCCCUCGGAGAAGUGACCCUCCCCGGUGUGGGGAGGCAGGAUUUGUGCUGCUAACUAGCGGGCUCUGGUGGAGUUGACGAUAUGUAUGCAGUCUAUCGGCAGGUCCACCCCCCAACAGGGCUGGAGUUUGCCAUCUACUGCAGCUUCUUUUCCAAUGCGGAGCGCAACCUGGUGGUGGCAGGAACAUCCCAGCUGCAGGUCUACAGACUCAUUCAUGAUGCAGAGAGCACAGUAAAAGGAGACAAAUCUUCAGAGGUUAAAGGUCGUAAGGAAAAGCUGGAGCAGGUGGCAUCAUUUUCCCUGUUUGGCAAUGUUAUGUCCGUCGCCAGUGUCCAACUGGCAGGUUCCAAACGGGACGCACUCCUACUUAGUUUCAAGGAUGCCAAGCUGUCUGUUGUUGAGUAUGAUCCUGGGACCCAUGAUCUAAAAACACUCUCUCUACAUUAUUUUGAAGAACCUGAGUUGAAGGAUGGCUUUGUGCAAAAUGUUCACAUUCCUCUAGUGCGUGUGGACCCAGAUGGACGUUGUGCGGUGAUGCUAAUUUAUGGGACGCAGCUAGUGGUCUUGCCUUUUCGGAGGGACACCCUAAGUGAUGAACAAGAUGGAGUUAUGGGGGAGGGGCAGAAAUCCAGUUUUCUUCCCAGUUACAUCAUUGACGUUCGGGAGCUGGAUGAGAAGCUGCUGAACGUGAUUGACAUGCAGUUCCUUUAUGGUUACUAUGAGCCCACGCUACUCAUCCUCUAUGAGCCUAACCAGACGUGGCCUGGACGAGUGGCAGUGCGACAGGACACCUGCAGUAUUGUUGCAAUCUCGUUAAAUAUCAUGCAGAAGGUUCAUCCUGUCAUCUGGUCGUUGAGCAACCUGCCAUUUGACUGCACCCAGGCCCUGGCGGUACCAAAGCCCAUAGGUGGUGUGGUCAUCUUUGCAAUAAACUCAUUACUGUACCUCAACCAGAGUGUCCCACCCUACGGGGUGUCCCUGAACAGCCUGACUAAUGGGACAACGUCUUUCCCACUCCGGAUUCAGGAGGCGGUGAAGAUUACGCUGGACUGUGCCCAGGCUGCUUUUGUGUCCUAUGACAAAGUGGUCAUUUCCUUAAAGGGAGGUGAAAUAUAUGUGUUGACUCUGAUAACUGACGGAAUGAGGAGUGUCCGUGCUUUCCACUUCGACAAGGCAGCGGCCAGUGUCCUUACCACUUGUAUGACUACUCUGGAGCCAGGCUAUCUGUUCCUUGGGUCCCGUUUGGGCAAUUCCCUUCUAUUGAGGUAUACAGAGAAACUGCAGGAAGCUCCAAUGGACGUUGGAAAAGAUCGUGAGAAACAGGAAGAGCCACCCAACAAAAAGAAGCGCCUGGAUUUGUCUGCUGGCUGGAUUGCUGGUGAUGUUGCUCUGUUGGAUGACAUGGAUGAGAUUGAAGUGUACGGGAACGAGGCCCAAUCAGGCACUCAGCUAGCCACCUAUUCCUUUGAGGUCUGUGACAGUAUAUUGAAUAUUGGUCCUUGCGUGAAUGCUUCCAUGGGAGAACCUGCUUUCCUCUCUGAAGAGUUUCAGAAUAAUCCGGAGCCUGACCUGGAGGUAGUGGUAUGUUCAGGAUAUGGAAAGAAUGGUGCACUCUCUGUUCUGCAGCGAAGUAUCCGAGCCCAGGUGGUGACAACCUUUGAACUUCCUGGUUGCCACGACAUGUGGACGGUGAUUGCUUCCGAUAAGAAGGAUGAGGUGAAUACAAAGGAUCAAUCAGGAGAUGGAGAGAAGGCAGAGAAGGAAUCUAAAGAUGUCACCCCAGAGGAAGACGUGAAGAAACAUGGUUUCCUUAUUUUAAGUCGUGAGGACUCAACAAUGAUCCUGCAGACGGGCCAGGAGAUCAUGGAGCUGGAUGCCAGUGGUUUUGCCACUCAAGGUCCCACCAUUUUUGCAGGCAACAUCGGAGACAAUAAAUACAUUGUACAGGUUUCGCCAUUGGGAAUCCGGUUAUUGGAGGGCGUGAACCAGCUGCACUUCAUUCCUGUGGAUCUGGGCUCGCCAAUAAUGCACUGCGCAGUGUGUGAUCCCUACGUGGUGAUCAUGAGUGGGGAAGGCCAGGUCACCAUGUUUGUUCUGAAGCGUGACACGUAUGGAGGAAACACCCACAGACUGACCAUGCAGAAACCACAGAUACAUAUGUUGUCGAAGGUGAUAGCGCUUUGUGCCUAUCGGGAUGUCAGUGGAAUGUUCACCACAGAAAGCCGAGCCUCCACCAUAAAGGAAGACAUGGUGAAAGGGAGCCUGUCAGAGAUGGAAACCAUGAUCACCAACAUCAGCACCACCGUGGAUGAUGAGGAAGAGAUGCUGUAUGGAGAGUCAGGGUCGGCACUCUUCAGCCCUCCCAAAGAGGAGCCAAGUCGUACCUCCGUGCCGAUGGCUGAGAAGGAGCCUUCGCAGUUCAAAAUAGAGCCCACCAACUGGUGCAUGCUGGUGAGGGAGAACGGCGUCAUGGAGAUCUACCAGCUGCCUGACUGGCGCCUGGUGUUCCUGGUGAAGAAUUUUCCAGUGGGUCAGCGCGUGUUGGUGGACAGCUCCUCCGGACAGCACGUUACCCAGGGAGAGGUCAAGAAAGAGGAGUUUGCCCGCCUUACUGAGAUGCCAGCAGUGAGAGAGGUCCUGUUGGUUGGGCUCGGUAAUCGCCAGACCAGGCCUUUCCUUCUGGUUCAUGUGGAACAGGAGCUUCUGAUCUACGAGGCUUUUCCCUAUGACGCACAGCAAAGCCAGAACAACUUGAAGGUCCGAUUUAAAAAGGUGCCGCAUAAUAUCAACUUCAGGGAGAAGAAGCUCAAACAGUCCAAGAAGGAGAAGAAGGUUGAGUCUGCCACGGGCGAGGAGCUGAUAGUCCCAAAAGCAAGGGUUGCUCGCUUUCGCUAUUUUGAAGAUAUAUCUGGAUACUCGGGGGUAUUCAUCUGUGGCCCAUCCCCGCACUGGCUGUUCAUGACGUCACGAGGAGCCCUGCGCUUGCACCCCAUGACGGUCGAUGGACCGAUUGAAUCCUUUGCGCCCUUUCACAAUGUCAACUGUCCGAAAGGCUUCUUGUACUUCAACAAGCAGGGCGAUCUCCGAAUCAGCGUGUUGCCAACCUACUUGUCGUACGAUGCACCGUGGCCUGUUCGGAAGAUUCCUCUACGUUGCACAGCACACUAUGUAUCUUAUCAUGUAGAAACUAAGGUGUAUGCUGUAACUACGAGCGUGCCAGAGAUCUGUAGUCGAAUACCGAAGAUGACAGGGGAGGAUAAAGAGUUUGAGAACGUCGAACGUGAUGACCGCUAUAUCUAUCCAGUGCUGGAUAAAUUCUCUAUUCAGCUGAUCUCUCCUGUCAGCUGGGAAGCCAUUCCUAAUACCAGGAUUGACAUGGAAGACUGGGAACACAUAACCUGCAUGAAAACGGUGUCCCUGAGAAGCGAGGAGACUGUGUCAGGACUGAAAGGUUACAUCGCCGUGGGGACGUGCCUCACCCAAGGGGAGGAGGUUACAUGCAGGGGCCGGAUUCUGAUCCUUGAUGUGAUCGAAGUUGUGCCUGAACCUGGCCAGCCUCUGACCAAGAACAAAUUCAAGGUGCUGUACGAGAAGGAGCAAAAAGGCCCGGUGACCGCCCUGUGUAACUGCAACGGGUACCUUGUUUCAGCCAUCGGACAGAAGAUUUUCCUGUGGAGCCUGAAGGACAACGAUUUGACAGGGAUGGCCUUCAUUGACACCCAGCUCUACAUUCACCAGAUGAUCAGUGUCAAGAACUUCAUCUUGGCUGCAGACAUCAUGAAGAGUGUCUCCAUCCUUCGCUAUCAGGAGGAGAGUAAAACGCUGUCACUGGUUAGCAGGGAUCCGAAGCUUCUGGAAGUUUACAGCAUUGAAUUCAUGGUGGACAACUCUCAGCUGGGAUUCCUUGUGUCUGACCGUGAGAAGAAUCUGCUAGUGUACAUGUAUCAGCCUGAAGCGAGAGAGAGCUACGGAGGGACACGGCUGCUGCGGAGAGCUGACUUCAAUGUGGGAGCUCAUGUGAAUGCCUUCUGGCGAACCCCUUGCCGUGGCAUCAUGGACGGCUCCAAUAAGAAAAACCUGGCUUGGGAGAACAAGCACAUCACCUGGUUUGCUACGCUGGAUGGUGGGAUUGGGUUCCUGUUACCAAUGCAGGAGAAGACAUACAGGCGGCUUCUGAUGUUACAGAAUGCGCUGAUCACAAUGAUCCCACACCAUGCUGGCCUCAACCCCAAAGCCUUCAGGAUGCUGCACUGUGAUCGCCGAGCCCUGCAGAACGCCGUGCGCAACAUCCUGGACGGUGACCUGCUCAACAAGUUUCUCUACCUGAGCACCAUGGAGCGCAGCGAGCUGGCCAAGAAAAUCGGCACCACGCCAGAUAUGAUCUUGGAAGACGUGCUGGAGAUUGAUCGGGUUACUGCCCACUUCUGAUGGAAACAAGGCGGAAAUACAAGGAACACUGUGAUCACAUUCAUUUUUGCAUUGGUGUGUGCGCUUUCUAAAGUUCACCACCUGGACACAAGGGUGUCGCUUAAAGGUUCCCCCUUUGUGACUGAGUCAUGAGCCGCAGAGGAUCUGGAGAUGGGUUUUAGGACUUCAUUUGUUUAUAUGAGUUAGCUUGAACGUAUUUUGUGUCUUUUUCGUAUUUAAAACGUUUUGUAAAACAGAUGGGGAAAAAAAAGUUAUUUUUUAAUCUGG